AUGCCCCUCGGCGGCUCGGUCACUUUCGGAUCGGGAUCCUCCCACGCGAAUGGAUACCGGGAAAAGCUUCGCCAAUUGCUCAUCGACAAUGGCUACACUAUUGAAAUGGUUGGAUCGCGAAGGUCUGGUUCCCUUAGUAACAAUCACAACGAAGGGUGGCGGGGAAUCCGAAUCGACCAGAUCCACAAUAAGGCUCAAAAGAGCAUCCCGUGGCUCCGGCCGAACGUCGUUACGAUCAAUGCAGGAUCUAAUGACUGUAUUCAGCGGUUCGAAAUCGAUUCUAUUGGGAAACGCAUGGACAGGUUGCUGAAAAUGACGUGGGACGCGUCGCCCAGAUCAACCAUAAUCUUGUCGACCCUGCUACCAACCUCGGAUACGAGCGUUGAGGCCAAGAUAUUGCAAACGAACGCCCGGUACCGAGACUUGGCGGAGAAGAAGACAGACGAAGGUAGACGGAUCGCGCUGGUCGACAUGCACAAUGCAGCUGGCCCAAACCUUGACGACCUCGUAGAUGGUGUACACCCCAACGACCUGGGCUACCAAAAGAUGGCGUUAUUGUGGUAUGAAGGAAUCCAGGAUUGUGCAGCGAGAGGUCUGAUAGAAGAGCCAACGUGA